AUGAGUUUGAAAAAAGAAAGUUUCGGUUCGGAAAUCAAAAGACUUGCGUCAGAACAAAAGAGACGGAGGGAAUUAAGAUGUUUUGGAAUGAAUGAGAUAGAUGAUGAAAGAAGACAGUAUUACAUAAAAUGGAAGGAAAGACGUGUGAGGAAAUUAGCCUUUAAAAAAAAUACAAGAGGUUGGAAGAGAAAUACAAAAGAUCGAAAGAAGAACUUCAUUGGUUUGAAUAUCAGGUUGGUUGGCAUCAUCGCAUCAUUGAAAUCAUGGAUAAAUUCAUAUCCGAGGAAAACAAGAAAAAGAUAUGUCGUAAGGUGGAAAUGGAAAAGAAGGGUUUUGAAUUUAGGCUGGAUUUAGAAAAUGACGAAAGGGAAAAUACGAGAGCCUUACGAAGCAUACUCGGUUUCGAUCGUUAUCUGGAAGAUGGCGGUUACGAUGAGAUUGAAAGAUUUGUCUGUCCCAGUACAGAUGAAAAUACGGAAGAGGAAAUGGAAAAUUAUAUUAAUUACGGAACAUUAGUAUAA